AUGGGGGCUUAUAGGAGCGACGUUGCCAGAAGAAUCAGCGCGUACGAAUUUGCGUGUAGAGCAUGUGAUGUCGUCUUCGGUGAUGCAUUUUACAUGCAAACUGUGCCACGGCCAUGGAUGCGCGACAGAUUGAACCCGAUGGAGCUGUACGAUGAAGAGGAGUUUCUCACGCGCUAUCGCUUCACGAAGCAAACAGUUCGUGAGCUGCUCGCCUUUGUGCCACUUGAAGCGAGCGGCGACAACCGAGGAUUGCCGCUGACACCCAUGCAGCAGCUGCUUGUGGCACUGAGAUUUUACGGCGCCGGAACCUUUCAAAUUGUGAGCGGAGACUUGGUCAAUGUGUCCCAGCCCACGGUGUGCCGCACGGUGAAACGAGUGACGCGCCUUCUUGCAAGGCACCUGUUCCGAGCAGUCGUCCGCUUCCCGGAUGCCUCACAGCUGUCAGGUGUGAUGCGAGAUUUCUACGAGAUCGCCCACUUCCCCGGGGUGACGGGCUGCAUCGACGGCACACAUGUACGCAUAAAGAGUCCCGGAGGCGAUGACGCAGAAGUUUACCGCAACCGCAAAGGAGUGUUUUCUAUUAACGUUCAGGCGGUUGCCGGACCAAUGCUGCAAUUCUUCAACGUUGUAGCGAGCUGGCCGGGGUCUGCCCAUGACAGUCGCAUAUUUGACAAUUCUAGAGUACGAGUUAUGUACGAACAGCACCGUGUGCCUGGUCUGCUGCUUGGAGACAUGGGCUAUGCCUGCUCUCCUUUCUUGAUGACCCCCCUUGCUGAGACAGGUCCAGUCAACUCACCAGAAGGCAGGUACAACAAGGCACACAUAAAGACCCGCAACUCCAUAGAAAGGGCCUUUGGAGUGUGGAAAAGGCGCUUUCCAUGUUUGGACAUGAAGCUGCAGCACAAGCCUCGUAAUGCAGCUCGCAUAAUAACUGCUUGCGCUGCCCUGCACAACGUGGCCCUCCUACGAAGAGAACCCGAGCCAAUCGGUCUCCAUGUUCCCACCAGCCGAUGCAGACGUACAGGAAGAAAUACUUGCCAAGAGCACCUGCCAACUGUUAAUGGUGUGGGGGACAAUCUACCUGGCAUGCGUGCACGGCAACUUCUUAUCCAGAGAAGUUUCUCUUAAGAUUGUUGUUUGAAAUCCACCUCGUGUUUCUGAAUAAUAGGGGUGUGUGAACAGUGAAUUUUGAGACUGAAUCGAAUGGAAAUCUAGCAGAAUCAAAUCGAAUGGCUUUGGAAUAAUGAAGAGGCAUUAGCAGCAUUAAUAUAAAACAAUGCUCACAUCCUAGUAUAGUCGGAAAGGUUCUGUCAUUACAUAGCACAUUAUGAAGUGUUUAUUAAAAGCACAAAGAGCAUCAGGAGCAGACCAGUAGUUUCUUUGUAUGCGCAGAACUCUUUAGAGUGUGCAAAUGGUCACUGUAUAGCCUGUAAUGUAUGGCUACCGAAGCAACGUAGCCUGUUCCACUACGCGGGUUCUCAUGUUUUAUGUCCAUACUAUGCCCGAGGGGUAAAAACUUACCGUGCUUUUGCUCCAAUUUUGUUUAAUUAGGCGCAGUUGAUGUUUUGAAAUAUUCAAAAAGUUUCGAAUAUUCACACCCCUAGUGAAUAGUUGGGUAAUGGUUCUAUGUGUCGUGUGGCGUCUGUAUGGCACUACAGACAGACGAAAUGUAAAAAGACCAUGUGUGCUAAAAACUCCGUUACUGAUUAGACACGCAGCCUCAGGGUGUCAUGCAGCUUUUAUUCAUUGCAUUCAAUUUUGCAAGCUCAACUUGCUUUUGAAGAUUCAAUAUUUCUAUUUUGAGCUUAUGCUCUUCAUUUCUUUUUUUCAAGUUGUCUGCAUGCUCCUCUUGCAUCAGACGCAUUCGCAACUUUUGCUCCUCCCUGAGUAAAGCAAUCCUGACUUCAUUUUCGGAAGCCAAAGUUUUCUCUAGGAGUGCCAUCCUGCUUCUGGGUGGCCUCUCGCUUGUAAAUUCUCUGGCUCGUUCUGGCUCGUUCUCCUUGUUUGACUCAAGAAGCUCUGGCGCAGCUGUAGUGUGAUCCACAAUGGGUGAACUUGUAGCGUUCAAGUCAUUAUCCAUUGAGUGGUCGUGUUGUACUAGAUGGCCAGGGCUCCUGUGCUCCUCUGAAAGGAUCAUUAGUUCAAAAUUAUACUCAUCAUGUGGCACACACUUUGCAUCGCUGAAUGUAAAUGCCACAACAAAUUGCUUUCGACAUAUUCAGCUGAGGGUUUUCAAAAAGCCUAAAUGCCUUCUAAAGACAUAUGUAACUUCUCCGCACUGUACAACAAACAGGCUGAAGGUACCAAUUGCACAGACAUGUAUACAGCAUCAAAGCCUCAGAAAACACGAUAAACUGGGAAGUGGUUCCUCCCACUUUCCUCACAGCAGAUUGCCUUCAAGUUUCAUGCCACAAAAACUUUGCAAUGUGUUUCAUGAAAUAGUACUAUACCAUAAUAGUCAUAUGUUGCUUCCACUUCUCCUGUUAUCAUCGGCUGCAGGAGCCGAACAGCAGGCUCACUGUCGACGGGGGGGAGGUAGGUUGCGCCAUCAGAGUCUUCUUCAUUCGGUAUUCUGGUGGCCAUGUGGCCUGCCACAGCCCCAACCAAAGCCGACAGUGGUGUCAUGCCUGCUGCAGCAGGUCCUCCUCCUAAAGAAAUGCGCAACAGUUGUAACAUUCUAUGAAGUACAUUUAUGAAGUGCUUUGAGUGGGCCCGUACACAAUGCACAUUGAAUAAAAAUUUUCAACAUAUUUGAUUUUAAGCAGGUUGGUGAAACUGCUGUGACCCACUCUUUUACUCGCAUCCUCUCCAGUAUUGCAUGCAAGGUAUAUUACAGUAUUACAUUGUGCCACAUUUCAUGUUCUCUAAUCUUUGUAUAAAUGUGUUAAUAUUUUCUUAGUACAUGUAUUUUUGUUACCUGCAUUGCCUUUCAGCGUAUAUUUAGAAGACCAUGUGGUAUUGCAUAAAAUGUCACUGCUGUAUUGUGGAUACAAUACACAAUGCUCAUUGAGGCUGUUCUGAGUCUCGCCGAAAUAGGGUGCAGCAAACUUCUAUGCACAUACAAACAAGUAGGCAGGCUGUUAUAGUAAUAGGGCAUUUCAGGAGUUACAAAAUGUGAUUCAGUGCCAAAUUUUGUGAACUGGAGCUUAUGUGUAUCUGAUCAUACUGAAAUAAAGUACCCUGAGCGUGUCGAA